AGUUCGGGUCGGGUUUGCAAUUCAACAGCACUGCGGAAGCGGAGAAAACUCGUCACCAGAGCGGACGGGCCAAACAAUAAGCCAGCGUAGUAAUAUCGACUUCACACCGCCCUCGAUAUAUAUAAUAUAUAUAUAUAUGAUAUUCGCAAGAAAACGGUAUCGGGUUGAAAUCCAAAAGUGCCAACCCAUUGAGGGGCUAAUCUAAUGUGUUGGAAAAUGAUUGAAAAUCGCGUGGAAAUUGCAAUAUGCGAAUUGAAAUGUGUAUUUGUGUUUUGAAUUCUUAACGCUCAAUCCAAGUGUUUCCAUUUUUUGCAGCCACAGCCAGCGGCAAUUGCACAUAAGUUGCAACAAGCAAAGUAACAACUACAACAACAGCAAAAACAACGUAACAAAAUAGGUAAAACAGUAUAAACAACACAACAUUGUAAGCGGGCUGAAAGGCGUUGCCAGAUUGUUGGCCAACAGCAGUAGCAACAACAACACUAGCAACAGCUACAGCAGUGCUCUACAACAACGACAACCACAACAAUUGCCCAAAGGGCCAAAUGAACGUUGUCGGCUAGUCCGUCUGUCGCCCGCUUGGUGGCGCUAGCUAGCUGACUGAGCAGCAACAACAACAGUGCGUGCUGCCGCUGGAAAUCCUGUCGCUAAUUAGCGAUCUGGCGACGUGUGCGCUUAUGCAGACACAAGGCGAUAGCGGAUUCCAUUGAACUGGCUGCCGGGUUAAAUUUGUUGUCGUAACAUGGGCUGCGUCUUUGAAGCGGCCAAAGAGCAGCCCCACAAACCUAGAAGCAGGCAACUAAGGCGCAACCAAUGCCGUGGAAAAGCGGAAAAGGCAGCAGCGGGGACCAGAGGCAAGGUCGCUGUCAGAGGAAACAACGACAAGCCAGCUGAGGACAUCAAAAUCAAGGAUAACUAUCAACAAAACCAUAAAACGCAAACCGAAACACAAACAGAAGUAGCAGCAGCAGCAGUAGCAAUAGCAGCAGACGCAGGAGCUGAAACAGAAACUGAAACAGAGGCUGGGGCCCAAAGAGAGGCAGCAACCGGGCCCGAACAUCUGAAAGCGGCGGCUCAAGUGCUUUUAACGAUACGGCAGGCACGUCAGGAGAACAACAAGCACAGUAGUAGUCAAGUGGCUGAAACGCACAAGGACGAAGGCGAGGACGCGUUGGCGCGGCAAGGAUCCAUUGUCGAUACGGCGGCGGGCAGAAUCGGAAUCGAUAUUGCGGCAACAACGAUUCAAAUCGCCGAGCGGCAUGAGGAUGGGCAGCAUUGGCAGCAACACAAUGUCCGCCGGCGGAGGCGCCACCCAGAUCCUGCAGCGGAUCCUGCGAGCAUCUCCAAACUUUCGGCAAUAUCCCUGCAUUUUCACGCCCUCGCCGCCCUAGCGAAAACGCUCCAAAAGCACGAGGACCUGAGUCCUGUCCAGGAUCGCCAGCCCCUAGCGUACCGGGCGUGGCAAGAACAUCCGUAUGCCGAGACCCAACUGCCCGCCACCAUGUCAGCGGCCAUCAUUGCGAAUGUCGGCGCCACGGCAGCGGCCACCUCGGCAGCCGCCUUCCAGUAUCUCGGCCAGCACUACAAGCACUACAGCCAGUCGAUCAGCUUCUACGCGGCCUCCAGUGUGCUCCUGAUGCUUUGCUAUCUGACCACCGCGUCCACGGCAGCUGCCACGCAGUCGGAGACGGGUGCCCUCGACAAGCAUCCCAUUCAUGGCAUCGAUUGGUCGAAAUUUGAUGAGUCCAGUUCGGAUAAGGAAAUAUUAGAUUUACUGCUUGAGAAGAAGCGCUACGAUAAACGAUUACUGCCGCCUGUAAAUGAUGAAGACUUUUGCUGUGGCUUGCAAUCGCCCGAUAUGGCAACAAAUCAAAAUGCACGGAGACCACACAAUCGCGGCACUCUGACGGUGAACGUGAACGUGCUGCUCCUGAGCUUAGCAUCGCCCGAUGAAAGCAGUUUGAAAUACGAGGUUGAAUUUCUGCUGAACCAGCAAUGGAACGAUCCGCGACUGCAAUAUGGCAAUAAGUCUCAUUAUGACUUCUUAAAUGCUCUACAUCAUCAUGAUAGCAUCUGGACGCCGGAUACGUAUUUCAUUAUGCAUGGCGAUUUCAAGGAUCCCAUCAUACCAAUGCAUUUCGCUUUAAGAAUAUUUCGGAACGGGACCAUUACGUACGCAAUGAGACGUCACCUGAUCUUAUCCUGCCAGGGAAGUCUUCACAUAUUUCCAUUCGAUGACCCCAAGUGUUCCUUCUCCAUGGAGAGCAUUUCCUACGAGGAGGCCCAAAUCAAGUACGUCUGGAAAAACGAUGAGGACACUCUGCGGAAGAGUCCUUCGCUGACCACAUUGAACGCGUACUUAAUUAAGAAUCAAACGACGGCCUGCGAUCAGAACAGCUGGCGAGGUAAUUACAGUUGCCUACAGGUCGAGUUGACAUUUACCCGUGAUCGUGCGUAUUAUUUUACAACCGUUUUCAUACCUGGCAUUAUAUUGGUCACCUCGUCGUUUAUCACAUUUUGGCUGGAAUGGAAUGCAGUCCCAGCCCGGGUUAUGAUCGGCGUGACAACAAUGCUGAAUUUCUUCACUACCUCGAACGGUUUCCGGAGCACUCUGCCGGUUGUUUCUAAUCUGACGGCGAUGAACGUGUGGGACGGCGUUUGCAUGUGCUUCAUCUACGCAUCCUUGCUGGAAUUCGUCUGCGUCAAUUAUGUGGGGCGGAAGCGACCCCUGCACAACGUCGUCUAUCGGCCCGGCGAGAAUCCCGUAACACAGCGUCUUCCAGCAGUACUAAGCAGGAUCGGAGUAAUUCUUGCAAGUCCUUUGGCAAGCGCCGCUGCCACGCCGGCCAUGUCGAUGAUGGGCGGUGCCACGCCCAUGUCCAGUGGCACCCCGGCCGCCUCCUCCUCGGUGGCCACGCCCGGCACCCCAAGGACCACCGAUCCGGAGGAGUUCUUCGGCGGCGGCAUGCGUUGGCAGGAGGCCCAUGGCGGAAUCAUUGGAGCUGCUGUCCAGAAUUUGCGGGCACGUUCGAUAAAACGGAAAGCGGCCAGAAGUCCAUCCACUUCCAUAUCGCCCCAUCCCAGUGGCCGACCCACUGAGCAUAUCUACGAAGAGCCCGGUGGAUCCACAUCCGGUGUCACAAAUACCAAAGUGAAGUUCAAGGACGAGCUGAAGGAGGAGCAAACGGAGGAGCCAGAGUCCAAUACCAAACUACGCCGAUCCGUGGCCACCAGCACACCGGCUUUGGUUGUUAGGAUCGAGGCUGAGACCGAUCCGGAGGCGGAAGCCAAGCCCAUCCAGGAUAUGGAAAUGACAGAACGUCAGUUGUCCUUGCCGUUGAAACCGCCGCGUCGCAAGGCAUCACGCUCCAAUUCACCAGCCUCGGUUUACGGCGAUGCAUUCGAGAAUGUGGAAGCUACAGGCGAAAAGCGUCAAAACGCCGGGGCACCGAACGAAAUUGUGGCAUGCACCACCUGCGGCGGCAGCAACAGUCCGUGCACCCAUUCGGCGAAUAAUGGAUGUGCCACGGAGACCUGCUUCGUUCAAGUGCGGAAAAAGGAGCCACCGCAUCCGAUUCGAGUGGCCAAGACGAUCGAUGUCAUCGCUAGAAUUACAUUUCCAACUGCUUAUGCCAUUUUUCUGAUAUUCUUCUUUGUACACUAUAAAGGAUUUUCGUAAAAUUAAGCAAAAACACUACAAGUAAAGCAUAAACAUACAUAUAUAGAUAAUUGAACACGCUAAAUUGCCGAAGCAAAGCCAGCAAACCCGUAAUGUAAUUUGUAGAGAAACAUGCAGACCGACAUGAGAACUCGUUUGCUAAAUUCUAGGGCCUUGCAAAGUCAUCUAAUUUUAAUGGAACAAAGGGAAACACAAAGUACAUCUAAUUAUUCAUUAACGAUUAUUUAAAUGGCAACAACAUGACAAAACCAGUGAUAAAAACGUCAAAAUGAAAACAUUAGUUUAAACUGAGUUGUUAAUGGGGAAUAAAUGAAAAUGAAUAAGUUGUUAAUAAUUAAUAUUUACGAAAGUUAAAUUUAUGCAAAUGAGCAAACAUACGAAUGAAACAUUUUCGACUGCCUUUUUUAAAAAUAGUAGAAACAAACCAAAAAAGCAACAAAAAAAAAACUUUAAAUUAAAUUUGCAAAUUUUUGCAUAUGCUCGAAAAUGCAUUAGUUAAUUAUACCAACCAAAGAAACACUGUCUAGCAAUUGUAAUAUAUAAUAUUUAAACAAUUUAAUAAGCAAACAAAUUAAUGCUGAAAGUACCAAAAAAGAACACGAUCCAAGAAGAUAAAAAGACCUAGCCUAUAACUAUGAAAUAUGAAACGCAAACCAAACAGCUUUAAGGCUUUACCUAUUUGAGUAGUCGAAAUGAUGCAAACCUGUUUAUACACAAUAUACAUAGAUGUUAUAUAUUUACAAACCAGCUCUAGUCGAAUAUUAUGAAAUUAAAACCCAGUUUUGUUCAAUUCAAUUCGAUGAGUUGAGAUGCCUCCGCAUAUGUCAAAGAUUAUGAAACAGAACAACACACACAAAUUGUUACUCAUCUCACACAGAUUUUUACGUUACGCUUUAUUGUAUAUACUAUUGAUUUAAUGUUUAUUUAAAAUCUGUUUAUUUUUUUCAAUAAAUGUUCGAUAUAAAAAACAGCCUUGAUUUUAACGCAUCGCAUAAAUUCACGGAAAUGAAACCGCCGCAAAGUAGACCACAAUUAAAGCUUUCCUAAACUAAGAUUCGGGUGAAAUAAAAUAAAAUCUAUGAAAUAAACUCAUUUUAUAAUUAUAGACGGUAACAAUGAAGAAUAGUUUACACAAAACAAAUUUGUACACCUUCUGAGAUUCAUUCAUUUCAUUUGAUCCAUCAACGCCUUUUUAAGUAGCAGCAGGAAUUGCCUAAAAACUUUUAUUAAAAUACAUAUCAAAGGUCAUAGAAGAAACAUAAACGAAGCUAACUAAAAUAUUUACAAAAAAAUAUAUGACACGAAUCUUUAUGAAACUCUCAUAAGUAGCUAUGAAGCAUAUGCCAACCCAACUAUAAACUGACAAACCUAACAACACCCAAGUAUUUUAGAUAAAAUGUAUGUCCACAAAUGCUAAUUCUAAUUCAAAAACAAAAAAACUUAAAACCUAAACCAAAUUUAAACCUUGUGAUAAUGAACACAAACAAAAAUCCUAAAUUUAAAAACGAACCUUUGCAUACGAAGUUUUAUUGCAAUUAAUUGAGAGCAGGUUAUUGAGGGCCACGGUUACCAAUUGUUUAAAUAAUAUUACCUAUAUAGAACACAAUAUGCGUAUACACGAAAUGCUUUUUGCAAAUAAAUACAUUUAUGAAUUUAGAGAUUUGUAGAUUUUUGGGAAAUUUUCUUUUCGCCAUUUUGCAAGCUCUUCGCAGUUAAUUCUCAUUUAGCAAAAAAAAUAUAUAUAACUAAAUAGCAAUUACGAGAAGGAAAACCCAAAGACAAGGACAAUCUUUUUGCAAUUUACAAAAACGAAAAAGUUAAUCUGAGUAAAAGGAAAUGUUAGGUCAUCUUUCAAACAAGCAAUGCCGAUUAAUUCAGAAUCCUUUUUGUAUAAUUAGCUGCUUAUAUAGAACACAAAAAAAAACUGAACUCAAAAUUCAUCGCGUCCAAUGACAAAUGUUUUUGUUGCGCAAAUAUAGUCAAGGGUAAGAAAUGUGAGUGGAAUUUGCUGAAUAUGUGGCCAAUAAAAGGAAUGUACAAAUUAAAUACGAUAAAGAUGGACCCCAAGAAACUAUAUUCGAUUCGUUCUUUGAACAGCUUAACCAUGUAACUUCGUUAAAUGUUAGUUAGCAAUCGAUUUGAGUGAAGGUGCCUUCUUUGAGAGAAUUAAAAACUUAUUGAUUGCUUCGAUGGUUUCAGGCGAAACACAGUUUUUGUUAUUAUGGAUGAAAACACGACGUAUGUGCCCUAUAAGGAUUUCUGUUUGGGAUUGUUUUUAACUCCUCACAAGCUAAACUGCUGAUAAAAUGAAGUAGAAGCUAAUCCAAAGACCAGUAAGAUUAUAAAAAUCGAUUUAAAUAGAAUCAAAGCAAAGCCAUAAAAGUUCACACUUGAAAAAGUAUUAAUGAAAUUAGCAAACAAGAAAAUUAUAAAAAAAAAGAUAUUACAAUCUGUUACAUUUGAUCAAGAAAACACUUUUUAAAUUGUCAUUACUCGAAAGCUUUAUAAUUUGUAAAUGCUAUGAACGAAAUGUAAAUACUAAUGUAUCAAAACUGUCUUGAUAGCAGUUAAAUAGCAGUUAAAUCAUUUUAUCGAAUAACUUUAAACUAAUUUCUUUAUAAACAAUAUUUGCUAAAUCCAUGACAGUCCAACUGAACUGUUUGCUAGAGAUUUGUUAAAAAAUUAUAUAUCUGAAAUACGUUUAGAAAAGAAAAAAAAACAAGUUAAGCCAUUCGGACAAUUUGUGUUGUCCAAUUUAUUUCACAUACGAGUAGAUUUCUUAAAGAUCAAUUACAAAAAACCCGAAGUCCCCACAAUGCUACCAAACGUAAUAAUUAUAAUAACAACUUUUUUAUAAUGCACAAUAUUGAGCAUAAUAAAACCGAUUUAUUAACAA